UGACGCAUGAGGACGUAUACGGAAGUGCGCCGCGCUUUAAGCUUGUGACUUCCGACCUUCUCCAAGAUGGCGGCGCCCUUUGUCCGGCUGUAGUCCCCGCUGUAUGAUGUGAUUUCCCCGCGGCUCCGGGAUGGCAGCCAUGGAUUUCCCUCAGCACAGUCAGCUCGUCCUGGAGCAGCUCAACCAGCAGCGGCAGCUCGGCCUCCUGUGUGACUGCACCUUCGUGGUGGACGGAAUCGAUUUCAAAGCCCACAAGGCGGUGCUAGCAGCGUGCAGCCAGUACUUCCGCAUGCUCUUCGUGGAGCAGAAAGACGUGGUUCACCUGGACAUCAGCAAUGCGGCAGGUCUGGGUCAGGUGCUGGAGUUCAUGUACACGGCGCGGCUGAACCUGACACGGGAGAAUGUGGAGGACGUCUUGGCCGUGGCCGGGUUUCUGCAGAUGCAAGAGAUUGUGAACGCGUGCACAGCCCUGAAGUCACUCAGUAUACCCUCCGUGCAGGUGCCACACAGCCUCGGGGCCGUCACAUCCGGACAAGGUAGAGAUACCACCGAUUACUCCCCUCCGGCCGUCGCUGGGGAGAACGAGCUGGAGACGUCCGAUACCGCAACUGCUGUCUACCCGCUGGGCGAAGCCGCGGAAGGAGCCUGUCAAGAGGGUGGUGACGUCGGCAAACUGGGAGUGCAGGAGGGGAGUGGAGCGGAGCCGCAGCCUGAGAAAGAGCAGGCGCUGACGAGUUCACAGGGAGGUGCGGACGUCCGAGCGGUGAAGUUGGGGGAUCUGUUGUCUACAUCAGCCUGGUCCCCGAAUGCUCAGGAGAAGGCAGAAGACGUCUCGGUAGAGGAAUCACAGGCCACAGAUGACGAGGUGCACAGUAACCCAGCCUCGGGUAGUGACACUUCACAGGAGAAUCCAACUACUCCGCUCCCAGAAGAUGUCAACGAAAGCCUGGAUGAGGAGAUCCAGGGGCCCGCGCAUGAGACCGAAGACGAUGGCAAAGAGGAAAGCGGAGGCAGCACUGAUGAGAAUACAGAGAAACCUGCACUAGAUAUCGCAGGACCCCAGAGGCAACUGCGCUCAGGAACUACAAAUUAUGCUGAUCGCACAGAGUCCCGGCCGUACAGCUCAACAACUCAUGUAUGUGAGUAUUGCAGCAAGGAAUUCACCCACACAGGGAACUACACUCGACACAUCCGCAUCCACACUGGCGAGAAACCGUACCGCUGCCAUGAGUGCGACAAAGCGUUCUCUGACCCCGCCGCCUGCAAGGCGCAUGAGAAAACUCACAGCCCAUUGAAGCCACACGGCUGUGAUGACUGUGGAAAGAGUUACCGACUGGUCAGUCUGCUCAACCUGCACAAGAAGCGUCACACCGGGGAGCCCAACUACUACUGCAAGGUGUGCGGCAAGCUCUUCACCACAUCUGGCAACCUCAAGAGGCACCAGCUGGUGCACAGCGGAGAGAAGCCCUAUCAGUGCGAGUACUGCAACCGGCCGUUCUCCGACCCCACCUCCAAGAUGAGGCACCUGGAGACGCACGACACCAACAAGGAGCACAAGUGUCCACACUGCGACAAGAAAUUCAACCAGCUGGGAAAUCUGAAAGCUCACCUGAAGAUCCACAUUUCUGACGGACCCCUGAAGUGCAGAGAGUGCGGGAAACAGUUUACCACCUCAGGAAACCUGAAGAGACACCUGCGCAUCCACAGUGGGGAGAAACCCUAUAUCUGCAUCCACUGCAAGAGGAAAUUCGCUGACCCCGGGGCGUUGCAGCGACAUGUUCGGACCCACACCGGGGAGAAGCCGUGUCUGUGUAUGAUCUGCGGGAAAGCGUUCACACAGGCCAGCUCUCUGAUCGCUCAUGUUCGCCAGCACACGGGGGAGAAGCCAUAUGUAUGUGAGCGCUGUGGAAAGAGGUUUGUUCAGUCCAGUCAGCUGGCCAAUCACAUGCGUCACCACGAUAACAUCCGGCCGCACAAGUGUAAUGUCUGCAAUAAGGCUUUUGUCAAUGUGGGAGACCUGACGAAGCACAUCAUCAUUCACACAGGCGAAAAGCCGUACCUGUGCGACAAGUGUGGCCGAGGGUUUAACCGCGUCGACAACCUGCGAUCCCAUGUGAAAACUGUUCACAAAGGCCGAGCGGGUAUGAAACUGGUGGACAGAGAAGAAGGGGAAGUGGACGAAGAAGAGGUCAACAUUGUGACCGUGGCGCCAGAGGAGAUGGUGACACUGGCCACAGAGGACAUCGCCAGUACGGGUGUUACAGAGCUGACAGUGGUUCCCAUUUCGGCUUCAGUCACGGCUGAUGAGACAGAAGCGUUAAAAGCGGAGAUCACCAAGGCAGUGAAACAGGUGCAGGAAGCAGACCCAAACACCCAGAUCCUGUACGCCUGCGAUUCCUGCGGAGACAAGUUCCUUGACGCCAACAGCCUGGCGGAGCACGUCCGGAUGCACACAGCCCAAGCACUGGUUAUGUUUCAAUCAGACACUGACAUUUAUCAGCAGUACAAUGCACAGACCACGUGGCAUGCGGAGCAGGUGGUCCAGUCCAGUGAGCUCCUCUUCCGCCAGCGCGAUGGGACAGAUGUGCAGCCUCAGCCUAUGGACUGACCUCGACUGGGGAGCUCACACUCCAUUUCACAGGAUUCAGACGUUUAAGCUGUUCUUUGUUCUAAGUUAUGGCCUGUACCAGCGCCCGUCAUAUGCAUUCAAUAAAUAUUAUUUUUUAAUGUG